GGAAAGACUCCAUCACUAAAAGCCUUUUUUUUAGAACGUUAACGAGAGCAGCAAUGGACCACGCAAAUAGAUUUUUUGUAGGUUUUCUGAUUUGCUUCGGUUUGUUUAACCACUCGCAUUCCACGGAAGACGACAUUUAUGCGAAGGUUGUGAACCUGUUGUCCCCAGGAGAAGACUACCUUUGUGAAAAUGCAGUUCGCUCCUUUUUCAUGCUCCUGGAGAAACGUGUGCAGUGCGCCGAUGUGUCGUGUGAAAAGUGCCAGUUAGAGAAGAGCAUAGGACAGCUGGUCAACAACUACUCCAGCUCCAGUGGUCUGCAGGUGGAUGGCUUCUUCAGGCUGGCUGCUGCGUAUUGCUUGUUCCUCAGCUCUGCCUCCAGCACAUGCACAGCCAUUCAGGAGGGUCGCUGGGCACAAGAGACAGAUCGCUUCAUCCAGUCAUUCAACAUCCAUGGUGACCAGGGAAGCAACCACGACCAUGGGGUCGGCAUGGAAACAGAGCGCUUGGAGAAACUUCUACAUGACGUGGAACAGUAUUAUAUCCCUGAAGGGCACAGUCUGCCUUGCCUCUCCCUCUCUGACAUCGUUAAAGAGAGUCAACUGACACGGACCGAUGAAGGCCAUCACACAGACUUGGACGCAGUGCUUGCCGUUAUAGUCUACCAUGCCUUACUUGGAGACUGCAUGGCUGCACGCACCCUCCCAGGAGAGGAUUUCUUCAUGGAUUACAUAUUCAGCCACUUCGGCACAGUCAACAUCACCGUACAAGAUCUAAACAGUCUGAUGCAGGCACUGAACCUGGGACAGACGGAAGAGAACAGCGUGGACGCACAUGACCAUGACCAUGACCAUGACCAUGACCAUGACCACGACCACGACCACGAGGCCCAGCACGAGGACACGCGGCGGCUCCCGCGCGGUACACACACUCACGAGGAGACUUCUGCCAGUAGCUGGGACACGGCCUGUUUCAGUGCCGAGGAUUUGUUGAGGAUCUACCACAUGAACGACACAGGACUGAGCAGAGAUCAAUUCACACGGCUCAGCCCUGCCUUGAUCCAGCAACUCCUCAGUAAAGCCUGUGCUGAGACCAGUCCCACUACAGUGCCCUCCGUUGACUCACUCAGCACCACUGAGCAAUACAUGUACGCCACCCUGGCCAACGCGCUGAUCUGUCUGACGGCCAUGCUCGGCAUCGUGGUCCUGCUGUGCAGCUCAUACAGUGGCCCCUUCGAGCUCUCCAUCCAGUUCUGCAUCAGCCUGGCUGUGGGCUCGUUGACCGGCGAUGCUCUGCUCCACCUCCUGCCCACGUUCUUGGGCCUCCAUGUGCAUGGGGACAGUCAAAGUGACGGACAUGGCCAUUCAGAGGAAAACUCUGAUUACACGUUCAAACUGCUGGUGCUUCUGGGUGGCAUCUAUUCCUUCUACCUGAUGGAGGCCAUUUUUUCCAUCAUCACUCGCAACGGCAGCCAGUCUCCUCAUCAUGGAGAAGAUGCAGACCCACACCACUGUGACCAUGGCAGGGUCCUGCAGAUGUGCCAGAGAGAGAGGAAGAACAAGCUCUCCACCUCACAAGCAGACCUGGUUGAUGGGGAAAACCAUGUUAAGCCCUCCCCAGAAGCAGCCCCCUGCACAAGAGAACAGCGGCUGCUUCCCUACAUGAUCACCAUCGGCGACGGCAUUCACAACUUCGCUGACGGCCUGGCGAUUGGCGCCGCCUUCUCUGUGUCCUGGCGCUCAGGCCUGGCCACAUCAUUGGCAGUGCUGUGCCAUGAGCUGCCCCAUGAGCUAGGAGAUUUUGCCGUGCUCCUGCACUGUGGCAUGUCGGUGAAGAAGGCCCUGCUGUUAAACGUUGGCAGUGCCCUGACCUCCUUCAUCGGCCUCUACAUUGCCCUCUCCGUCUCCACGGACACGGCGGCCAAGGAGUGGAUCGCGGCGGUCACCACAGGCCUCUUCCUCUACGUGGGGCUUGCCGACAUGCUUCCCUCCAUGGUCCACGUGGACGCUAAUAGGCCGUGGCUGAUCUUCGCUCUUCAGAACUUGGGGCUGCUCACCGGCUGGGGUAUUAUGCUGCUUCUCUCCUUCUUCGAGGACAAGAUGGGUGUGUAGAGACAGCGUCGCAUUCCCCUGCUGGAUGGGCACCUUCACAUGCGUCCUGCUUCUGUCCUUCCCAUUUUAAGAGAGCAUGUUGUUAUUGAACCAGAGUGGCGCACACAAGACGAUAUGCAGUGUCAGAGAUGUGGUGGGGAAACUGGCAGCGUGACAGGAAGCCUGAAUGCACAUUAUUAGUUGUUUUUGUCAUGGACAAAUGAAUGCGAACACUGUUUUUGACAUGCCUGUGAAUCAAAACUGAACUGACCUUCCAUCAAAGUUCAACAGUUUUAUAUGUGUGUGUGUCCAGUGAUGGUGGGUGCUCUGUCCUGGUCUUAACCUCUUUACCUGCACGCCAUGCACUCCCCCAGGGGCUGUGGUUUGCAAUUGAAAGUAUAUUGUGUGCAAAAUUGGCUGCUGCUUUUCUGUCAGUGAUUUUGAACAUUCAAAUGAUCAGCUCCUACGCAGGAAAGGCGUAGUCAGUUAAUGUGCACGUCCGUGCGUGUUAUGGUACGAUUCUGCCACUGAAGUGAUGUGUAACCCCGUUUAAUGUCUCGUAUAUUCUAUAUUUAAUGGGAGGGGACAUGAACGUACAUAUGCCCUUCGGAUUAGCAGCAGCGUGUCAGAGUGAUAUGUAAUAAAGUAAUGAGGUCACGCUGCCCUAUACAGCAGUGAUAAGUUCGACAGACUGUCAGAGUCCACUGGUUCAAAGUACUUUCAGAACUUGCUCUUUGUCUUACAGAAACUUUAACUAGAGACUAAAAUUAAUAUGCUUUCUGUCUUCUGUACAGAUGAAGUGAGGCUGUAAUGCAAAGUUGAUUUACUACAGUUAAUUCUGCUUUACUUUCUUGUUUGUUUUUUCAACAAUA